AAACUGUCCAGAAAAAAAAUGCAAAAAAUGUAAAAAAUGUUAUAAACUGGGUCAUAUUGCGGUGGACUGAAAAAGGAUGGAACGAAAAAUGUGAUGCAAGUGCAAAAGUCAUGGUUAUUAAUUCAGAAGUUGUCCGAAAAAUGAAUGUAAAAAAUGCCAUGAAACCUAUG